AUGCUGAGAAACACCCACAACCUGGCGCCCUGCGCAGCCACCGCACCGGGCCCAGCGGCCGGCCUGACGCCAGCCCGCCACUGCCGCCAGCGACCCUCUGUGGUUGCCAGCACCGGCAGCAAGGGCGGCAGCCAGUCUGCGGCAGCGGCGGGCCCCGCCAAGCCCGAGGCUGCCAGCAGCGUGCUGCCCCGCCGCCAGCUGCUGUCGCUGUCGCUGCUGGCGCCCGCGGCGGCCGUGCUGCUGGGCAGCGGCGCGGCGGCGCCGCUGCCGGCGGCGGCCGACGAGGCGCCUGCCGCGGCCGCCUCCUCCGGCUCAACAGUAUACACCGACCCAGAGGACAAAUUUUCGAUUGAGGUGCCCUCAGGCUGGGCCCUGGCCACCGGCGCGUUUGGCGAGGAGGGCACCCUGACCACCAACCAGGCCCGCUUCUCCAACGCCGCGGGGCUGCGCCGCGUGGUGGCCUUCCUGCCGGAAGACAAGCCGGAGGUGUCGGUGGCCGUCACCAUCCAGUUCCUUGGCGCCGACUACACCGGGCUGGGCUCCUUUGGUACCGCCCAGGACUUUGCCACGGGCGUGGUCAACAAAAUGGACAACAGCUACAUCCUGAAGCUUCCCGAGUGGCGGCGCGCCAAGGAGCCACCUGUGCAGGUGGCAAAGCUGCUGGACGUGAAGGAUGUGGACAAGCGGCAGUACAUGUUUGCCUACACGCUGGCCAAGGAGGGGGAGGCGCAGCGCACGGUGUACCAGGCGGUGGCGGUGGGCAACAACGGGCGUACAAACCGCUUCUACACCGUCAACGCCUCGUGUGCGGGGGCUGACGUGGAGCAGUACGGUCCGGUACUGCAGAAGAUAGUCGAGUCGUUCCGCGCCCCUGUGGCCGCCGUGUGA